ACUUACAUAUAAAUUUGAAUUGGUCGCAUUGUCAUUCACUACAAUAACAACGUGGCCCAUACAUAGGGAAAACAGGUUAUCCUUCUUAUUUAUGAAGUUGUUUGUCUGCUGUUGGCAGAUGUUGUACACGUGGAGGUCGCUCACUCUGACGUACAGCUCUGGCGCUUCAAUACACUUCCGACAACACGGAAGAUGUGACGUUGCACUGCUGAAUGAAUGAACUGACUGCCACUGAGUCUUCAUAAAACUUCAUACAGAGGAGAUAUUGAUUUCUAAAGUUUCCAAAUAUCACAAUGUCUGGUUCUACCGUGGAUUCGACAACGCUGUGUCUGUUUGACGUGGACGGGACUUUAACAGCAGCUCGUCAAAAAGCCACCGCAGACAUGCAUGAGUUUCUGUCUAAACUGAAACAGCGUGUGAAAGUCGGAGUGGUUGGAGGAUCAGAUCUGGACAAAAUCAAAGAGCAGCUUGGAGAUGAUGUGAUUGACAGAGUGGAUUACGUGUUUGCUGAGAACGGUUUGGUUGCGUACAGGUUUGGAAAGCUUCACUCUGUGCAGAAUAUUCAGGCCUACCUGGGAGAAGACAUUUUGCAGGAAUUCAUCAAUUUCUGCCUCAAUUACCUUUCAAAGAUUAAACUGCCUAAAAAAAGAGGCACAUUUAUUGAAUUUCGGAAUGGAAUGCUGAAUGUCUCUCCGAUCGGUCGAAGCUGCAGCCAACAGGAAAGAAUCGAAUUCUUUGAACUUGAUAAGAAGGAGAAGAUUAGAGAAACAUUUGUCUCCGUUUUAAAAGAAGAGUUUGCUGGGAAGGGACUAGCUUUCUCCAUUGGUGGACAGAUCAGUUUUGAUGUGUUUCCAGAAGGCUGGGAUAAGCGCUACUGUUUGGGAAUUGUGGAGAAAGACUCCUAUCAGCACAUCCAUUUCUUUGGAGACAAAACAAUGCCUGGAGGAAAUGACUACGAAAUCUUUGUAGACCCCAGAACAAUCGGCCAUGAGGUCAAAUCUCCUGAAGACACACAGAGGAUCUGCAGGGAGCUCUUUUUCAGCUGAGAAAAGACCCUGAACACAACCUCUGCUAUCUAGAAUGAAGUAUACAGAAGACUACACUGUCUAUGAAUCGUGAAACUAUGAAUGAAAGUCUCACUAUUGA